GUGUAGCGAACACAGCAGCUAUGUAAAGCCGACAACACAUUUCUACAAAUAAAGCCUCGACGACGAAUCUAAGGUCUACUAGAUGUCAACUCCUAGACAGAUAUAUCAGAGAACUGACGUUAGCUGAUUCUGGCAUCGCUCGCUGUCGCAAGACGUUUCCAGCGGCGUCGGAACGCGAAGGAGGAGAGGCAUCAGUAAUCAGACGAGCUCCCUCCCAACCGCACGUCUGAGGCGGAUUCAACUGCAGCACUGGGGAACGUAUCGCUGGAUGUGGGUGAAGACCGUGUGAAUGCGCGUGUAGGCUCAUCAUACGUUGGGAUAGCGAGAUCUGCUCAUCCUAACCCUAUGCGCCUUAAGAACGCUUCCCAAUCUGGCGGGUUCAGGACUGAGGCAGGUGUAGCGGCGAGGGCGCAUCCAUGAGCGUCUUCUCCCGGGACGGCAUGUUUUUAGUUUAACCGGAUUUGUUGAACAGACCGGGGAAGAGGAAAGGCGAGUUCGGAAGUUUUGAUGCAUAUGAUCACAACCACCAUGAUUUUUAUGAUCCUCGGUGCUUCAGUUGUCAUGGCGAUAGCGUGUUUAAUGGACAUGAACGCACUCCUGGACCGCUUUCACAACUACAUCUUACCGCAUUUACGAGGGGAAGACCGCGUGUGUCAUUGCAACUGUGGAAGGCAUCAUGUUCACUACGUAAUUCCAUAUGAUGGAGACCAUUCACUCGUGGACUCGUCUGAGAAUUACUUUGUGAGUGACAGUGUGACCAAACAGGAGAUGGACCUCAUGCUGGGGCUGUUGCUGGGCUUCUGUAUCAGCUGGCUGUUGUUGUGGCUGGAUGGAGCUUUGCACUGUGCUGUGAGGGCCUGGAGAGCCAGUCGCUAUUAUGAUACCCCUUCCUGGUCGUGGCUGCCACAGUUCUGCAACCUCCGGGACCUGCGUAGACGCGCACAGCUCCGGCAGCUGGAGGAUUCCAGCGGAAACAUGGUGCACAUCAAGCAGAAGCUCUAUCACAAUGGUCAUCCCAGCCCUCGUCACCUCUGACUUUAAUGGCAGUUUCCCCAAAACUGCUCCAUUACCAGCUGCUGCCUCAGAGACCCACUUUAAUUGUUCCACUACAUCUUUUAGACCUUCAAAAACCACCUGAGUAUUUGCCAAAAGAAGAAAGAAGAUUAUCGUUGCCAAUAUGCUGAUCGGUGUCUACGCUGUGAAUGGUUUAGAAAGGGUUUUUUUUUUCUGUACAGGCAUUUUUUUUUCCAAUUGCUGAAUCUAGGCAUGCACUUUUAGAAUGGGGAAGGAUGCAAGAAAUGGAUUUGUUAGACACUUUGAGUCAGGUCAUGUUUUUUCUCCC